UCACUAUUUCUUUUCUCUCUCCUCUAUGGAAAGAGGGGACGAUACGUGGUAUACCUAAUCGUUUGGUGUCAACUAGACGUACGUAAGUCGGCAUAGCUCUAUGUAUAUGUUCUUUGGAGCUAGAACCCAUAAAUAGAAUGAAAUGAAAUAAUGGUGAGCCAAGGGCGACGAACAUAACAUGGCUCAAGGGUGUCUAUACAAAGCCCUUAUCUUCUUAGGCAAUGCACUCUUUGAAUGGUACUUGAUUCAUAAAGAAAGAAUCAAUCUUUUGGUUAGAUACGGACUUUAUAAAAGGAAAUGUCACGCUCGAGAUAUGGGGCGUUCUAAUCGAAGUACCUCUCGGCCCUCUUACGGUAAAGCCAAUGCACCAGCCAGCCAGUGUGGUGGCGAACACGCUGUGCUGUAAGCUAAGCUGUUCACCUUGUAGACAGAGGAGAUAUAGAAAGUGUGCCGCGCGCGAUUCAUAAGAUUCUAUAGUAGCACAUUAUUAUAUUUAACUUAGCCUGCUUCUCUCAUCAUUUGAACCAACCCGGAUCUGCCCUCGCAAGUCUCUAUGCAUUUUGGGAGCAGAGCAUGCAAAAUCGAGCAAUGGAUCUUAGAAGAAUUCAACUUUGAACACCUUCUAUUUUUUCGCUGGCAUUUGAGUUGUCUCCCCUCCUCUUUCAAUCGACACACUCGACUAGAUAGUUCCGGUGGCCCGGCUUCUGCCUCUAUCAGGCUUCGCACCUCCCCUACCACGCUUUCCCAAGAACCCAUUUUUCAGGAUUCGGCAGGCCCGUCAAAAAAUGGGGAUACUUCCCCCAAAAACCAAGGGAGGCGGCAGCCCCCCACCUCCACAGCCACAGCAUGGAGGAACUGCUCUCACACUACAACCAAUCCAAAUUUUUUCCAGAUCGAUAUAUGAUGAUGCUAAACCGAGACCAAGAUAGAGAGAGAGGGCUGCCCCUUUGUUGGCUCUUCGAGACAAAAGCACUUAUAGGAAUGGUGCUAGUUCCCAUGUUCCUUCUAGUCUCGUUUGGUUUCGAGAGCCUCCCCCUCCCCGUCCUUACUCGUCUUUUGAAAGCCGUCAUCCUGGAUUUUUUUCGUAUGCCGCUUUCUACAAAAAUUUAUUUUUUCAUUUCCCUCUCAGAAUGAAAAGCCCGGGUGGAAGCACAAAGAGAGAGAGGAAAAGUAAAAAGGGGGGAAUAAGUAUAGUGCUAGUUCUUACUGAAACUUCUUUAUCUAACUUUUCUUUUUGAGUGGUUUCUUUGUUCUCUUAUUUGGAUUGAAAGAAAGACAAAACUUCCUACCUUCGGUUCGGUCCCCUCUUCUUUCUUUUUUAUUUCUUCGACGACGAAUUUCGGUUAUGACCAACGCCCCACUAGCUGAAUAGGCGUAGCUACCUGAAAAAAGGCAAGGUCGACUAGUCGACGAAUUGCCUUUUGCUAGAGAGAUUUUUUAUUAAUAAAGAAUUUAAAAAUAGAAAGAAUCUAAAUAAAAUAAAGGGCCGAAGGGAAGGGGGCCCACUACUUCUUCAUUCAGGGGGGAGACUAGCCUCAUUACUUCCCACUGGGCGAGAGGUGGACCUAAGCCACCUACCCACUCAUCAAUCACGGUCUUCAGCUGACUUGCACUGAUAGACCCCUAUUGUAUUGGAAUUAGGCGCCCAUCUUUUUACUGUUGUCAACUAAUCUCUUCAAUCUUCGAUUCUACUCUAUGUUAGAACAUUUCUGUGAAUGCUAUUCUGAUCUAAGUGGUCCUAUUCUUUGUCCCGUGCUAGGAAGCAUUACUCCUCUUUUCAUUCCAAAUUCAAGAAUACGACCGAUACGAUUGAUUGGUCUGUGUGCCUCUCUUAUUACUUUUUUGUAUUCCCCUGCUCCUCGGAUACAAUUCGAUCCUUCUACGGCCAAAUCUCAAUUUGUGGAAAGCCUUCGAUGGCUUCCUUAUGAGAACAUCCAUUUUGAUUUGGGUAUAGACGGUAUCUCUUUAUUCUUCGUGAUAUUGACCACAUUUCUGAUCCCUAUUUGCAUUUUAGUGGGUUGGUCUGGUAUGAGAAGUUAUGGGAAAGAGUAUAUUACAGCAUCUCUAAUUCGUGAAUUUCUAAUGAUCGCCGUGUUCCGCAUGCUGGAUCUUCUACUAUUCUAUGUUCUUCCCGAAAGCGUACUAAUCCCUAUGUUCAUUAUUAUAGGGGUAUGGGGUUCGAGACAAAGAAAGAUCAAGGCAGCAUAUCAGUUUUUCCUUUAUACUUUACUUGGAUCUGUUUUUAUGCUAUUAGCUAUUCUCUUGAUUCUUCUCCAAACAGGAACCACCGAUUUACAAAUAUCAUUAACCACAGAAUUUAGUGAGCGGCGCCAAAUCUUUCUAUGGAUUGCUUCUUUCGCCUCUUUCGCCGUCAAAGUGCCUAUGGUACCAGUUCAUAUUUGGUUACCCGAAGCUCAUGUAGAGGCACCUACGGCAGGAUCCGUCAUCUUGGCAGGAAUUCCUUUAAAAUUGGGAACCUACGGCUUUUUAAGAUUUUCAAUACCCAUGUUUCCCGAAGCGACACUUUUUUCCACUCCUUUCAUUUAUACUCCAAGCGCGAUUGCUAUAAUAUAUACUUCCUUGACCACUUCAAGACAGAUCGAUCUUAAGAAGAUCAUUGCUUACUCCUCAGUAGCCCAUAUGAAUCUGGUGACUAUUGGUAUGUUUAGUCGGGCGGCGGCCGUUAGGUCACCUAUUUUGAGUUAUGGACAACAAGGCCAAAACAUGUGUGCCGGGCGUGCGACCCAUCAACCUACGAACAUACAGGGAAUUGGAGGUAGCAUUCUACCGAUGUUAAGUCAUGGACUGGUUCCUUCAGCCCUUUUUCUAUGUGUUGGUGUUCUAUAUGACCGACAUAAGACUCGACUUGUUAGAUAUUACGGAGGUUUAGUGAGCACCAUGCCGAAUCUCUCUACCAUUUUCUUCUCUUCUACUUUGGCCAAUAUGAGUUCACCUGGUACUAGCAGCUUUAUCGGGGAAUUUCUCAUCUCAGUAGGAGCUUUCCAAAGAAAUAGCUUAGUAGCCACAUUAGCAGCGCUUGGGAUGAUUUUAGGCGCGGCCUAUUCCCUUUGGCUAUAUAAUCGUGUGGUUUCUGGAAAUUUAAAACCCGAUUUCCUCCAUAAAUUCUCCGAUUCAAAUGGCAGAGAAGUUUCCAUAUUUAUACCUUUUCUUGUUGGAGUUGUUCGGAUGGGUGUUCACCCCAAAGUGUUCCCGGACCGCAUGCAUACAUCCGUAAGUAACUUAGUGCAACAUGGCAAAUUUCAUUGAGAGGAAUCAGAAAAGAAAAGAAAAA